GUCACUCACAUUCCAGAUCCUUGUUUCUCUCUCCUCUGGAUUAUUCUGAACUCUCUCUCUCUCUACCUCGGCAAAAGAAUAAUGGCGGAUCAACUCACCGAUGAACAGAUCUCCGAAUUCAAGGAAGCUUUCAGUCUAUUCGACAAGGACGGAGAUGGUUGUAUUACCACCAAGGAGCUCGGAACUGUAAUGAGAUCCCUUGGACAGAAUCCAACUGAGGCAGAGCUUCAAGAUAUGAUCAAUGAAGUUGAUGCUGAUGGUAAUGGAACCAUUGAUUUCCCAGAGUUCCUCAAUCUGAUGGCUCGCAAGAUGAAGGACACUGACUCUGAGGAGGAACUGAAGGAAGCUUUCAGGGUUUUCGACAAGGAUCAGAACGGAUUCAUUUCUGCAGCUGAGCUUCGUCAUGUUAUGACAAAUCUUGGCGAGAAGCUAACGGACGAAGAAGUUGAUGAGAUGAUCCGUGAGGCUGAUGUGGAUGGCGAUGGACAGAUUAACUACGAAGAAUUUGUCAAGGUUAUGAUGGCCAAGUAGACGAACAAAUGAUCAAACCUCGAUUGGGAUUGGGUUAAGAUAAGUCUUCAUGAGAUUUUUCUAAAUCUUGCAAAAUAGGGUUUGUCUUUAUAAUUAUUGGUAGUAGUUAUUGAGUGUCUUUUUGAAUGUUGUCUGUUUUUGCACUAUUUUGUAACUUUGAUUUCAUUGUUUCUGCCUAUCUACUUUGAUUAUUUAGGUUUUGGUGGCUAUAAUCAUCUGUUGUUUUGUUUUUAUGACACCACCAUGGAUAUUUAUUUGCCUGAGUUGUUGAUUGUGUCUGGUUUUCUUAGUGGGAUGUGCCAAGAAUCUGUUGAUAACUUUUAAAUGUUAUAACAAAUUGUAAUUGCUUUAUUUUUCUUU